CCGAGCAGCGGUCCCGAACGGUCCAUCCUACCGGUUUUUCGCGUUCCGUUCCAAAUGUGUGUGCCAUUUUCUCUGCCGCGGUCGAACGUUUGAUAUUUUUUUUGACAAUCUUAUGGAUUUUGGAUAGUAUUAUUUACUUUGAGGAAUAUUUCGUGUUUGAAAUUUAAGGGUCUAUGUUUCCAAACAGUGUGACGUCCAAUUUUUGAAAAGAAAAAUGGAUCCCACUUGCCAGCAAGGACCUUGAAAUGGCAACGUUUCAUUUGUGUCGCAGCAGGAGAAUCUGAAAAGUGAAAACCGAGUCCAAUUCCCCACUGUGUACAAUUGAGUGAUUUCGAAUUUAAUUUUAAAUUGUAAAAAAACGGUGACAUCAAUCAGCAGCUGAGCCGUACGAGAAGUGACGCCACAAGCCGCAAUACGUUAUUCGAUAAGUGAAUAUUUGACGUCCUACAGCAGAAAGGGAAAAUGGAUGUGAAACCACCGGAUACUCCAACGGCUGCCAUUAGGAAACGUCGCAAGUUUGGCCGACCACAGCGAGAAUCUACCCCGGACCCUUCGCUGCAUCGCGAUGGAACACCGAAUGCCGAAAGUUCCGGAAGUCAGGUCUCGGACGACCAAAGUGGAUCCGAAGGAAGAAGUUCCGGAAGUACCAAACGGAGUCUGAUCGAGCGGGCCAUGGACUACAGUCAUCGGAAUAAAAUUCUUAGCCGGAAGGACAAAAAACUGACCAUCGUGGUGCCCCGAAGUCGAUCGGUGCCGCGAGACACAGAAGAGGUGCCUAGCAGUCCGGAAAUUUUCUCGCUGCUCAAGCGGGCCAAACGAAGCUUGAGUCGGUCCCGAAAACCUAAAACAGACGAUUCCAGUGAUGGAGGCAGAGUUUCGGAUACCGAAGUCCGAAAGCGCCGGGAACGCAUCGAACGAUAUCAGAGCGAGCGCAACAAAGAUUCAGAUUCCAAAUCUUCGCAGCUUCAGAACAACCUUUCGCGCUUCAACGAAGAGCGACGGAAGUUCGAGCUGGAAAAGCUUAAGUUUCUGCAAGAAAAGCGCGAGCUGGAUCGGAUGCGGCUGAGACGAUUCGACAAAUACCGAGAGGAAAUGCUGGAAGAGCAACGACGGAAGCUCCACGAAGAGCUACGAAAUCGGGAACGGGAGGAACGUUCCGUAAGCAUAGAAGCUCCCAUUUUGCCUCCCGUUCCCGCUACCCGUUCCAAGACACCAGUUUCACCAGGACCGGUCAAGAAGAAACUUUUGAUUAUCCCAAAAACUUCCAGCCCCUCUGCAUCGACUAGCGAGGAUGAGGGCCACAAUACCAGUGACGAUGAGAAGCUGGCAACGAUAAGGCGGAAGUUUUCACCAAGGAAGCCUAAAAGACCGAGAUCUGUAAAGAUUGAACCCGUAGUUAAAUCAGUUCCCAAAUCUCCUGAGCUGGCUACUUCUCCCGAGCCGGAAUCGGAACUGCCUUCGGAUUUUCCUCCAGAAGCAGAGCGUGAACCUGAAGUUGAGAUAGAAAAAUCAGUUGAAGCUCCUCCAGUAGAUGAGGAAACGAAGCACGACGAAACAGAAAGUGUGUUGAGACAAAGGAAGGUUACGAAACAAGAAGGCGAGGAAGAAGCUAAGGAAGAUGUCGAAAAACCUGAAGCUGAAAAAGACGAGAAAAAAGAUCUAGCGAUUUUAGAUGAUAAGAAAAUUGAGGGUCCGAAGGAGAAGAAGCGAAGACGUGCCUUGAUAAUUUAUGUAGAAAAGAAGGACGAUACCUUCAGUUGGGGUGAAAUCCUUGAAGAGAUUAAAGACUACUGGUUAGACUUUUUAGACGAUAAUCCUUUGGAACUUCAUCGAUUGAAGUUACAAGUGAACGAAUGUUGCUUCUACUUUGGGGUCAUGGUGCUGCUCUGUGGCGUGGGUGGUAUAAUAUUCCGAGUAACCGAGGGAACUUUUGAAUCCCAGUAUAAGUGUGGCGUAAAACGGGUUAAGAGAGAUUUCAUCGAUCAUCUUUGGCUUUCCAGUCAUAGUCAAAAGGAAGAAGAUUGGAAACAAACGGCUCGUGCCAGGUUGCGCAAAUUUGAAGAAGAGCUUCAGAUAGCUUUUGAAGCAGGAAUGAAAACCUACAGCGGAAACACCGCUUGGAACUUCAUCAACGGAGUUAUCUAUUCGUUGACUGUGGUUUCUACUAUCGGUUAUGGACAUAUUUCCCCAUCGACGACGACGGGUCGAGCGUUGACCAUUAUCUAUGCCAUUAUAGGGAUUCCGAUAUUUUUGAUAGUGUUAGCUGAUUUCGGCAAGCUGUUUACGCGAGGGAUUAAAUUUCUCUGGGCCUACGUACGGCGACUGUACUACACUGGGUCAUUGCGCAAAGUACGCAAAACGACACAAGUUAAGGAGGUAAUGCGCGGACUCAACGUAGUCUACGACAUCGUUCGCCGGCCCAGCGAAGAACAGGAACUACGGUCUAUGGGAGGCAAUCAACAGAAUGCUGCUGCUGGAGGCGCACCUGCUCCAGUCCCCUCAGAUACAACCUCCGCUGCAGGUCCAACGGCUGCUGCUGGUGCGGAACCUCACUUACCAUCCACAUCCGGCAUCGAAGUUUCCCAACCACCGACGUGCGAAUCACCAACAACCCCGGUUCCGGAAACGUUCGAAAUCGAUGACGAGUUCAAUCUACCAAUUUCGCUCGCCAUUUUUAUACUGGUUGCCUACAUGCUCUUUGGAGCGACCAUCUAUUUCACUUGGGAGAAUUGGUCCUUCUUCGAAGCGUUCUAUUUUGUGUUCAUUUCGAUCUCGACCAUCGGAUUCGGAGAUUUCGUUCCACAACACCCGAUCUAUAUGAUGUGCAGCAUCCUGUACUUAAUCUUUGGUCUAGCUCUCACGUCCAUGUGCAUCAACGUGGUCCAGUUGAAGUUGAGCGACAGUUUCCGACAGGCCAGCGCCAAGAUUGGAGCCACCAUAGGGCUUCAGAUGGCCGAAGCUGCUUCCCUGCAUCAGCAGUCUCAGGUUCAUACUCCGGUUGAUCUAGCCGCAGUUCACACCAGCACCCCGACGGCCAACGGAACGCAUCCGACGGCUAAUCCGACCAGUGUCAAUGGGGACGCUACCAUGACCCCGGUUUUACCGGAACGACCAGUUAGGAGAGGAUCGGCUGCUAAAAUUGAGCGGAAGUAAUCCCUGCUCCUGUCGU